AUGAGUUUCAAGGGUUUGAUUGACUUUGAGUUCAACAAAGAGAAGUAUGAUUCCAGCAAUCCUCUGGUUUUACCUGGAAAGAAUAAAUCUCAAUCUAAGAAGAAACGCGAACCAGAUUCUACUAAAAUUAUUCAGAAUCAGAUUUUGUCAAAGAAGCAGAGAAAAGAGCUACAGCGCAAAGUCUCUCAAAAAGAGAAAAAAUUAUCGCGUUCUGAACUGUGGAAAGAAUUAGAAGCGUAUAAAAAAUCUGAAACUGCUCCAACUGUGUCCGUUUUACCUCUGUUCAACAAACUUAAAAAGACAGAAAAGCGAGUCCACAAUUCAAACUUCAAAGGAAAAUCAUGGAAAAGGCAAUGCAACGAUAUGUCAGAUGCUUCUAAAUCUACUGAUGAUUAUAGCAGCGAUGAAUCUGUUUCAGAGGAACCAAGUGCGGGUGAUAUCAUGGUUUCAGAACAAUGUCCAGUUAAAGAUGAAGUUGUCUCACCAAUUGAAAGCACUACUGAGAAUGGGCCUAAAACUGUAGCCGUUGAGCCAGAAAAAGUUUGUAAACCUGCCAGAUUUGUUCUAGUUUCAAGACCAGCAGAAGUGGUAACAUCCCGUCUCGCUCUGCCAAUAUUAUCAGAUGAGGCAACCAUCAUGGAAAGCAUCAGCGAAAAUGAUUGUGUCAUAAUAUGUGGAGCUACUGGCUGUGGUAAGACUACACAAGUUCCUCAGUUUCUUUAUGAGGCAGGAUACGCAACAGAAGGGUAUAUGAUUGGAAUAACGGAGCCCCGUCGUGUAGCUGCAAUAUCUAUGGCACGACGUGUUGGUGAAGAAUUAAAUCUAACACCGAGCCAAGUUUCUUACCACAUACGAUAUGACAAGGAAGUAACCAAAGAAACGUUAGUAAAAUUCAUGACAGAUGGUAUCCUUUUACAGGAAAUAAAACAGGACUUUGAAUUAUCACGAUAUUCUGCUGUAAUAGUGGAUGAGGCGCAUGAACGUUCAGUUUACUCGGAUGUAAUUUUGGGUCUUAUAUCUAUGGUGGUACGUUUACGUCGACGGAGAUACACAGAGAAUAUACCUACAAAUGGUAAAGUUUUAUUACCACUGAAAUUAAUUAUAAUGUCUGCAACUUUGAAGGUGAAUGAUUUUUCAGAAAAUCGUCGUCUGUUUCCAACUUCUCCGCCGCCAGUUAUUCAUGUUGAAUCAAGACAGUAUCCUGUGACAUGCCAUUUUGCUAAGUCAACAAAUCCUGAUUAUUUGAAAGCAGCAUUUCGUAAAGUAGUAUCAAUUCACAAGACUUCACCUCCUGGUGGAGUACUGGUGUUUGUCACUGGUCAACAGGAAGCAAAUACACUUUGUAGUUGGCUUACAAGAGCAUUUCCAAAAAUUGAUGAUGAAAAAAUGAACACAGUAACUGAAAAGCCUGUUAAAGAACACGUCAAAAAACUGAAAAAGUUAUCCAAGGAAACCCUGAAAUCUCCUAUUUGUACAAAUGCUUCAGAAGUCUGUGAUGAUCCAGAUUCAAUAGAAAAGAAUAACGCUAGCUCUUUUAUUGAUUUAAACAACUUUGAUAUCAUUCCUGCUGACGAAGAAACAGAAAUUGGUCAUACUCGUGUUCACCGGAAAAAUUUAGUGAAAGUGGAAAAGAAAUCCGAUCAAAGUAUUAAUGAAGUAGCAGAUGAUACCGAUGUUGAAGAGAUUGACGAUGAUGACGAAAUCCUUGAACAAAUCAACCAAGCUCGUAAUGAAUCUUAUCCUGGACCAGUUCACGCCUUACCAUUCUAUUCAUUGUUACCACCUGAGCGUCAACAGAAUAUCUUUCAACCACCGCCUGAAAAUCAUCGUCUAGUUGUUGUUGCCACUAAUGUUGCCGAAACUUCACUUACAAUCCCAAAUAUUCGAUUUGUUGUAGAUACAGGCAAAGUGAAGACUAAAGUGUAUGAACCGACAACAGGAACUUCAAGUUUUGAAAUUGUAUGGAUCAGUCAGGCAUCUGCUGAACAACGAGCUGGGAGGGCUGGUCGUAUUGGUCCAGGUCACUGUUAUCGUCUUUAUAGCUCACAAAUAUUCUCCAGCAUGAAACAGUUUUCUAUUCCCGAUAUACUAUUACGUCCAAUCGAUGAAGUUGUUUUGAUGUUGAAGUUGUACCUGGGUAGCACGAAACUUUCACUUUUCCCACUCCCGACUCCACCGUCUACUCAGGCUAUUGAAGCUGCUGAACGACGUCUACUUGCUCUUGGUGCUCUUAAGGAGGUUUCUAAUGCUUCUGGAGGUCAUUCUCGGACAAUUUCGGAUGCUGGAAAAUGGAUGACUAGAGUCCCUGUACCUGCACGUUUUGCACGAAUGUUACUAUUCGCAAACCAAUGUCAUUUGAUGCCAUAUGCUGUGAUACUCGUGGCUGCUUUAUCUGUACCGAAUUUAUUCAUAUCUCAAGCAUCAGACACAUCAUCUGUCUCAGAACAGGAAAAGACGUUUCAAUCUAAUUUUAUCCAGCAGUUUGUUCGCAAUAAAGAAGAUCUGUAUCUCGGAGAUCUCGCAGUCCUCUUGGGGACUAUAUGUUGCCUGGAACGUUAUGCAGCACAACUCAGUGGAUUAGUUCCUGCUGAACCUGGCAUAAUAGAAUCUGUUGGUGGAAAGACUUAUGUAUCACGUGAUCCUGAAGGUGCAUUAAGACAACUAGCCCAACGUUGCGGUGUUCGAUGGAAUGCAUAUAAAGAAGUUCGGCAACUUCGUAAACAACUAACUGACAUAUUAAAUGUGAUCAUUCCAGACCUUGGGCUUACUAUUGAUCUCUGCUUACCCCGACCCAGUGACUCUCAAAUAAUUCAAUUAAGACAGUUGUUUCUUGUUGGUUCACCGUGCCAUAUUGCUAAGAAACUUAAUGUUUCUGUCAGUGGUCUACCUGGUAAUGAACGUCGUCGACUUCGUUAUGCCUAUGAGAUUCCUGGUAAACAGGGACCCGUAUUCAUCGAUUCGAAUUCUACAUUAGCUCGUGAAAAUUUUCCAUUCAUUGCUUAUCUGGAGGUUCAUACUACUUCAAAGCCCUUUCUACGUACGGUAUGUGCUAUUGAUCCUGCAUGGAUACCAUUUCUAGCACCUCAAAGUUAUACAGUCAACGAACUUGUACUAACAGAUAGUGCGAAUUCUCCAAUGAGUAUUGAAAAACAGCCUGGAAAUCACGGGUUAUGUAGCGAAGCUAGUAUUGAUACAGGCGACGAUAAUGAUGAGUCAAAACAUGAUAUUGUUAAACUUUAUGAAUCUACUUCUCCUACAUCUCUUCCUACACCGCGUUAUGACGCUGAUCGUGACAUUAUUGUUACAGGUGCCAAGUCUGCUGUAUACAUCGGUUUGGGUAUUGUUCUUGACUCUCCUGAAUCUUGUGAUAAUCAAUUUUUGGAUUUACCAAAUAAUAUUGUUGUUCCUAUGAAUGGUAUUGCUGCAGCUCAGUCGUUAGGCGUUAAAGAAGCAUUGACUUGGAGUGUUCGCUGGUUUACACGCUACAUUUUAGAGGGUAUAAUAUUUUCAGAAUUUUCGAAAUGGUUUCCCUCAAGAAUCAAAAAGAAUAUUUCACCACAAAUUGUAACUGUUUCAUGGGGCGUCAUUCGCGCUGAGGUUCGUUCCAUUGUUUCUCUCCUCGUUGCUGACAAGAUAGAUUCAAAGAGGAAACUAUUACAACAGUGGCAAUCGAAUCCCACAUAUCUCUCCAAGGAAUUAGCUUCAUGGUUGCAUCCAGACUAUGUGAACGAGUUUUAUGCGUCUUGGCCAUUAGUAAAGAAUACUGCUACAUGCUAA